UUUUGAUAAUUAAAAAUAAUCAACAAAAUUAAUCAAACUCCAAAAUAUCAUUCAAAUUUCAAAUCAAUUUCGAAUCAUUUUCUAGAAAUUGAAUAUAAACUUCACAAUAAAUAAAAAUGGAAGGAGACGGAGUAGAACCCUCGAACCCUAAGUCGUAUUCUGGAAUACCAGAAGCUGAAUUUGUAGAUAAUGUAGACGAAUUUAUGAAAUCACCGAUCAAUGCUGAAGGAGUCGAUGUAGUUUUGAAGAGUCUAGAUGAAAAGCACCGUAAGUAUAAGGUGAUGGAAUACACGUUGGCUACUAAAAGAAGGCGAUUACGGCAACAAAUCCCAGACUUAGCGCGGACAAUUGAAGUAAUUGAAAAAUUAAAAGAACAAAAAGAGGAAGUAGAAACACAGUUCCUUCUUAGUGAUCAAGUAUUCGUGAAGGCUAAUGUACCACCAACAAAGUCAGUAUGCUUGUGGCUUGGAGCUAAUGUAAUGUUGGAGUAUAGUCUUGAAGAUGCUGAAAAAUUACUGACUACAAAUAUGGAAACAGCUCAAGAAAAUUUAAAUCAAGUAGAACAUGAUUUGGAUUUCUUAAGAGAUCAGUGUACCACUACCGAAGUGAAUAUGGCUAGAGUUUACAACUGGGAUGUGAAGAAACGCCAGGCAGCUUCUGGUCGCAUUACCACUUGUUAAGUUUAACAACAACUGAAUGUGUUGACUGCUCCAGUAUAAUAGAUUCAUUAUGAAUACAAAA